ACCUAAGUUUGUUCAAGGCUCAGCACAGAUCCUAAUGCAAAAUGUCAGCUCUACAGAAGACUAUAUGGUGGAAUAAUACAGCUGUAGGCACACAAUAGUGGCAUGGUGGCAGGAAUAAGAGGCUAAUAAGUGGUGGAUGUGAGUCACUCAGACUGCGCUGUGAACGGAGGCGUGCAGUCAGCUGGAGCUCUGACAGAGAGGGAGGACCAGAGCUGCAGGAUCGGCUUCAGCGUGUCGCCUGUGUGGAGGUGUUGUAGUCAUGACAGCCUCAGACUCCGGCCAGAUCCUCCACUGUCAGUAGCUCCCUGCAUACUACGGACCCAUCGCCGUUUCGUCAGAUUGUUUUUAUCCCGCAGCGAGGCUCCGGACCGUGCUCGGUGCGCGGCGCAGGGAGCUCAGGCAUGCUCUCUGUCUCGGCUGGAUAAGCUGCUGUCUGGGCCGACGAUCGCUUCGCUACUUGAGGGAAUCAAAGUUGGUGCAAUGGAGACUUGUGGGAGCGAUGCGACGGUCACAUGCUUGGGGAAAGCUGAGGACAGAGACGGAUACUAUGAUCUGGAGCAUCUGCCUCCUCUGCUGGAGGAUGAGGAGAAUGUGUCUCUGGCAGACAUCCUCUCUCUGCGGGACAGCUGUCUGUCUGAGGAGGAGGUGUGGGCGGUUUGUGCAGAGUGUGUUCUGGCCCUGCAGAGCAUCAGACCCUCCCACCUCUUCCACACCCUGUGCAUAACACCAGACACUCUGGCCUUCAACGCCCAUGGGAAUGUUUGCUUCAUGGAGCUGCUAAGUGACGAUCCAGAAGGCUCCUUUGUGCCUCCUGAGUUCGACAACACCGGCAGCACUUUUGAGGGCCAUGUUUAUUCACUGGGCUCUACGCUUUCUGCCACACUGAACUUUGUCAUCGAGCCAGAGCUGGAAGCAGAUAUGGGAGAAGAAAUCCAGAAGCUGUUGGAGCAGAUGCAGGAGGAGAAACCUGAGGACAGGCCGCUCUUGCAGGAUAUCCUGUCUCUGGCUGAAGCCCGGCUCUCUCAGACCUCUUCCACAGCUGUGUGCCGGAAACUGUCUUCAAUUGGACGACGCGUGCUCUCCAUUGAAUCGGUUUCAAACUUUCAAGAUGGACAGGAAGGCUCCUGGGAAGCAAGAUGGCAGCAUUCCAAACCCAGAUGUCUUCUUAAAAGACUGAGCUCAGAUGAUAACAGCAAAGACUUGCCUGAUAGCUCUGUUAAGACAAACGGUCUCUCCAGGCAGCAGCUGUGCGGGGGCUGGGACUCCUCUCUCUGGGCUGAGGACAUGGAGAGCUGUGAAGGAGACGGCAUGAUCUUGACAGAUGAGAUGGACUGCAGAUCCCACAACAGCUCCCCGGUGAGGAGGAGAACCCAACAGAGGCAGAGCAGGGUGAGGGGGGCCCUCAACCGCUCCUGCUCAGUCCCAGACUCCAACAACCCCCCCUGUCUUUCCCCUCCAGCACAUGGAGAUAUCAGCAUACCUGUUUCUGACCUCACUGAGAUCGGAGCAGACGAACACUUGAGCUGCAAGUCUGUGUGGAGUAACAGACUUCAAAGACUCAACCGGGGAAGGUCCUGUGAGUCUUACCCACACUGUAGCGCUGAGGAUUGUGAGGAAAUGUCGCCCACAAAUAAGGAAGCUGCAGAGACAUUAUGCAUCGAAGAAACUAAUAUGCAAGAGUGCCACGAAAGUCAAUCCGAGGACUGCAUUCCGGACUUAGCAUCGUCUAGUGCUUCCUGUGAAGAACUGGAACUGGAGCAGGAGUCUUCUGGGGAGCAGAGCUCGCUGAACUACAGCCUCUACAUUCCAAAUAACCACAUGACCAAAAGCAUGCUGUGCCUGAAUGAAGAAUCUCAGGAUGAGUGGAUCUCUCUAAGAGAGUUACUCACUCGUUGUGAACGGCGGCUGACAGUUAAUGAACUGUGGGCACUGUGCUACACCUGCCUGUCCUCACUGCAGACCUACAUCGAUUUUCCAGCCUACUUAUGCUUGGAUACAGUGUAUGUGGGCUGCGAGGGAGAGGUGCUUUUUCUGAAACCUAAAAACACAGGACCCCGAGAUGAAUUUUAUCUCGCUCCUGAAUAUCAAGAACAUGGAAUAGUGACUGAGAAGGUUUGUGUGUAUGGGGUUGCUGCUAUUCUCUGGGCCACAGCCAAGUUCAGUUUAUCACCUAAUCAGAAGCUGGCGAUGCCUCGCAAACUGAAGAGGCUGCUGUUAGAGAUGGCUAAGAGGACGCCCAUUGAGAGACCUACCAUUGCUAUGGCUAAAAAAUGCUGUCGUGACUACUUAUCACAUCAGGAGACAAAUGCUGAGACCGUAUGGAGCAGCCUUAUUAACAGAGUUCACCCACCCGCUUCAAAACCCAGUGAUGCAGAAGAUUUGAAUGCAAUGGAAACGCCUCAAAUUUCAUGUGAAGAGUCUCCACAAAACAACAGUGGAUUUGUGCCCAUGGCCACUGAGAGCCGACUAGCUCCUGUGCCUGGCCCUGUUCCCCACAGCUAUCCAGUCAGUAAAGAACUCCACCUCCCAGAAGCCUUCACUUCCACUGCCACACAUUUCACCCCCAUCAUUCUGACCAAUGAAGGGGACUUACAGGAGGAGAGCCAAGAUCUUGGAGCUGCCAAUGAAGGGACUGUCAAUGGAUUUCCAAAUAGCAGUGACCACAUCACGGAGAGCGGCCUCAGUUUUACUCCAGCCUCUGAGCACCCAACUCAUACUGAACCCAGUCUACAUACAGAAGAGUUAACUCACUGUCAGGCGAUCAUAACUUCAUCUUCUACAACUUCCAGCAAAAUUCUGGUCGACUCUCCUUCUACUCUCUCUGAUAUUUCCCGCCUUGAAGUCUCUCUUCCUCUGCCAUUAUCCACUAACUUCAACGGUUGUGGUGUUUUCAACAAUUACCUCUUUCGGCAGGAUCCUACUACAGGACAUCUUUCUUUAGUGCCUGUGCAGGUCAGGGCUCCUGAGUCUCUCCUCGGUUUGGAUAUAAAUCUUGCUCUGGUCCCACAGCCUUUGCAGAAGCUGAUCACAGUCCCAGGGACCACUGAUGGUCCAUUUAUUGACUCUCCAAAUGUGCCCGGAAGGCCUGGACCCCAGGAAUGUGGUCUACCACCAUCUUAUUUCAGUAAUAGCUCAGUCAUGUCUGACAGCAGGUUGGGGCACACUGAGCUCAGAGGGUACAAUGGACACACAAAUCCAAGAUCGCAAGAUAAGAGUCUGACUCCUUCAGAGUCCACCUCCCCUAAAGUCCACCCAGCCCUACAGGAGGUGAUUGACCUGCUCAAGGGAGAGUUUUCACUUGAUGGAUAUUUGGACGAUGGGCUUGAGGACGUUGCCAUGGGGGAGUACAUCUUCUCUCUGAAAGACCUUCAGUACCAGGUGUUUGCCGGCGUCGUGAAGGAAAGGUUCAGCGAUCUGUACUGGGAGGACGACUUGCUGGCUGUAUUACACUGUCUGGUCAACUAUAGCCCAUCCACGCUCGGCUCUAAUGAGCAGCCUCCAUCAAAGGAUGUGAAAAGGACAGCCCUUACCCCACCACUGAUCGCCGCUGUCUGGAGGGGGAAGAGAGAAAUUUGCCUGCACAGCUGUCUAGAUCUGAAUGGAAACAUUCACACGUCCAGUCCUGUUGUAGUGGAUUCUUGGGAAGGAACCGAGGGACGGCCCUGUCAUGAGGAAAAUGAGACUUCACUUGAAGAUGCCGAAUUAAGAUCAGAGCCAAGUCAGCAUCGUAUCUGUCAAGGUGUGAAAGCUGACAGUUCAGACUCAGGGGUCAUGGAGGGAGGAGAGCACUCAGCAGGGCGCAGCGAUGAAAGCCCCUCUGAAGCUGAGUUUCUAUCGGGCAGAGAGGACGUGCUGACAGGAGCCCACGAUGAGCAGAUGAGCCCCGACUUCCCGGAGGAUAUGGAGGACAGCGACUCUCUGGUGUCAGAGCAGCUUCUCUCCCCUGGAUCCAGAGCAGAGGGUCCGGGGCUCAGCUUCAGCCCCGACUGGGCCUUAGCCUUUUUUGCAGAAGAUUGUUUCAGCCCAGAGGUGAUCCAGUAUGCGGUAAAUCUGGGACAGCACACAGGAUCGCCGUGUCUGAAUGUGAAAACACAGGAACUGCAGCAGCAGCUGAUAAUUGAAACAAGGAAUCUAAAGAAAACAAGAAAUUUUUAUCAAAAGCUGAUUCACCAGGAGAGAAAAAACAAAGGUUGUGAGAGCAAAGUAAUGCUCUCCAAACUCAAGCUGCAUCUCGAAGAGCUGAAAUCCAAGGUUGUCUUCUUGGAUUCUGUGAAGAAAUACCUUGAGAUCCUGAGUGUGGACCAGUGGGGUUUGGAGGUUUCAUUACUGCCCUCUUUGGCUGUGUGUGAACCUGACUCUCUGGACCUUCAGUCCUCUGAGGACCCCUCUGUUCUUAGCUUUGGUUCCAGCAAAGGGAAGAGCACUCUGCUGGCUGGGUCUCCUUCGGGCCUCAUGGCUUACCUCUACGCCAGAAAUGCUGCUGUUGAGGGCUACAUCCAGCAGUUCUUGUAUACUUAUCGUUUCUUCUGCACUCCUGAGCAGUUACUGCGAUUCAUAAUGGAUAAAUUCAUCUGUGCUGCAAGGGAAGCUCCAGAUAUGUCAGAAGACAGUGAAAGAGUCUUCCAUCGCAGUUUGGACCUGCUCCAGUUCUGGAUAACGGACUGUAAACCAGUAGACUUCACACCAAAGUCCAGCCUUGUGGACAUAUUAGAAAACUUCCUUAAUACUGAGGUGAUUCCUGUUGACAGCCAAGGCGAGGCUCUUCUUGCUGGUCUUCACGGCCUUCCAAAUAUGACUACUGCAAGUCAGUUGAGGGGAAGCCUACUCAGCCUUGAUGAAGACGAUGACUCUGUGUGCUUGCAUUCAUCUACCGAGGAUCUUGGCAGAAAGUGGAGGAUCUCACGAAUUAUGGAGUCUUCUCCAUCCAUGUCCAAAGACAAGGCCUUCUCCAUUGCUGCAGCCUUGCCCAAGCCUUGCUACAGCUCCCUGAUGGAUGACGUCUCUAAUGUUUGCCUGCAUAGUGAAGAGCGACUCCCUUUCAGCCAGAAUGAAUACAGUGCACAGCAUAUAGCCCAGCAGCUCACCCUCCUGCAGCAGGAGAUAUUCCAAGGAUGUCAUCCAGUUCAUUUCCUCAACUCCAGAAUACAAGGAGUCAGGGACAAAGUCUUGGCCCUGAACAAGAAUGUGUCACCACACAUCCCACCAGCAGAGAGCAGCAGUGUGCUGUUACAUGAGGAGACACCAUCAAACACCCACCUUCAGCAGCUGCUCACAUAUGCUGACAGUGUCGCUAACUGGAUCUCUGCUGAAAUAGUCAUUUGCGACUCUGUCAAGACACAAGUUGCUUUGCUGACGAAGUAUCUGUGGAUAGGAAAAUACUGCUACGAAUCACGGAACUUUGCCACGGCCAUGCAGGUCCUCGGAGGCCUGGAGAAUGUGAUUGUCAGGCAAUUACCAGCUUGGAAGCAUCUGCCUUCUAAGGUGUGUGAGAUCCUGGAGGAGCUACGAGCUGUGCAGGUUUUUCUGAAGAGUGAUGACCUGUGUCUUAUGGGGGGAGAACACAUGAAGAAGAGGCCCACCCUGCCGUCAGCACACAUCCUGGCCAUGCAUGUCCAGCAGCUGGAGAUCGGAGCCUUCACACUCACUACUGGAGCUUACAAGUGGACCAAACUCAGGAGCAUAGCAAAGGUUGUGAGUCAGGUCCAUGCCUUCCAGGAGGCUGUCUACCCUUACACCCCAGACAGGGAACUGCAGGCGUACCUUCGUCUGCGAAUCGCCCGGUUUGCCACAGCUGACAUCCACCGCUUGGCCGGCAACAGCGAUGCCAACUUUCAGCAGUCGAGCGAGCGACAAACGCGGAGGAUCCAGGACAAGCUGAGGAGGGUUAAGGCCACUUUCCAGUGAGACCUGCCUCCGUCACACUUCUGAGCCCAGAGUCAGACACCAGCACCAGGUCAACAUCCCAUGUCAAAGCCCAGUCUAUGGCUCCGAGCCCAGACCACAGCCUUCUGUUGUCCUGGCAGCAGAGCCGAGAGGACCAGAAAACUUUUUCUAAUGUUAUGUGUUCGCUAUUUGUCACUCCCUAACAGAAGUCAGUAAUAUUAGUUUAGAUUUCUGGGCAAACUUCAUCCUUAACUUACACCCAUUAUACACAGGUUUUGGUAGUGAUCCCACAUCUGGUUGAUUCUGACGGAGGCAUAUUUUCCUACAUAAUGGCAAAAAUAGUGGGUGAUGUCUGUAAUUGGCAAUGAUUCUAUCUUAACUCAUACUGACACUCUUUGUCAUUAUUUGUGCAGUGAGCCUGUGAUUUUCUAGUUAAGGCCUCCAUAUAAUCAUAUCAAGACUAAACAUGGCAGGACUGUAGAAUUCAAGUCCAACAUCAAAAGUAGGUUACCUAAAUGGAAGGUAGGUGAACAACUGCUCCAGAUCCUGAGACUCCUGAGAAGUUUCAAAUGUAGCAAUGUAGUAAAAUGGUUAAUUGUAACUUUGUAUUGAGUUGGAAUCUCUAAAGCACAACAUCAUCCGAUAUGUUAAAGGGGAACUUCGUUUUUUUUCAACCUGGGGUCUGUUUUCAUAUGUCAUUUCAUAUGAAAACACAAGUUUUGGCGCGAGCUCUUGCGCGAUUUCGGAACGAUAUUUGCUUUCUGGCAUCCUGAGAUUUGGAUACAGACCACAACAGAGCGAUCGCCAGGUAAUGUGGAGGUUUUCCUUUACUUCUCAUCUCUAGUAUGUUGUGGGACACUCGUUGAGACUGUCCGAGCCGGUCAGUGUGGGGAAAAAAGCACGUUAGGGCAGACUUUGACGCGGGGGGGCCAGCUGCCCCAUACUUUUCGCUAGCUGAGCUGCUAGCUGAGCUGCUAAGCUGCCUGCCUGGCUAAAUACUGGAGCUAUGUCGAAAAUUCAUUUCUCCAUCACUCACAUGUAUGAAAUGACAUAUGAAAACAGACCCCAGGUUGAAAAAAAAAAACAAAGUUCCCCUUUAAUUCUUCGAUUGGAUUUAUAUGUCGCAGUUUUAGUUCAACAGAGACGUUUUAGUGCAAUAGUCUAGUCCUCCUUUUUUCAGCCCUGCUAGGAUAGGAAAUGACAGUUGGAUUCAGCAUGUUUGCACUACCAUGCGAGUACGUUGGCACGCUGGCAUCUACCACAUUUACCACAAUGCACUGCAGUAUUUAAACAUAGCCUUAUUGAACUGCUAGCAUGGCUGUUGUGGAUGUGCUUUAAGAACAGGAUUCUGCAUUCAAACCUGGUGCCAACUGACUUGCACUGAGGAUUGCAGGCGCAUCAGCAAAAAACAUUUCCUAACUUCCACAUUUGUGUCCAUGUUGUUAACCUGAGACAAUAUUUUCUGGAAACUUUGGUUGUGGUCUCAAUUUUCUCUGAACAAAAGUGACAAAAGUGCUGGAAAAGGACUUCAUCGUUGGUCUAUUGGUCAUAAAACUCUUUUCCAGCUCCAUUAUGACGAUUGUUGGUUACAGUGUUUCUAUAGCUACAGGUUUUUAAAGCUGUAUUUCUAAAAGACUAGUGUAGUAAAUCAAUUAUCUAAGUUGAAACACUACCCAGCCUACUUCAUUGCAAAUGCAUGUCAGGCAUCCUUAACAUGUCCUUCAUCCCCUGCAAUAGUUGAAAUGGGGGGGGGGGGAAUUCUUUUACAGUGCAUAUUUUAAACAUGUUCUGAAAGGCGUUCAUUGCGUUGUUCUACACACAUGGUAGCAGAAAUUGCUGUGCAGUUGAAGAAAUGUAGCUUAAAGGAGAAAUUUAAAUUCAGGCUAUUUUCAAAUCAAAUCAAAACUUUAUUUACAUAGCACUUUUUAUACAAGAAAUUGCAAUACAAAGUGCUUUACAGAUUAAAAACGAUGCCUCACCUUCUACCCGUUCCACCCCCCCAACCCCCCGAACCCACACAGUACAAAGAAGACACAAAGGAACACUCAAACUUCUCCACCACCCACCCCCACCCCCAACCCCAACCCACCCCGCAAACAUGCAGAGAAGUGACUGUCAUUAAAAUAGUUAACAUAGGGCUGGGUACAGACGAACCAGGUGAGGAAACACCACCUGAGAAGCCGUCUGCAUUUCUCACCUCUGCACAGCUGGCCAGUCACUGUGUGAAGUGGGUACAAAGGUCAAAGUGUUGGACACACUUCAUUAUUUCAGCUGAUACUGUGCUUGCAAGGUGCAUAUUAUUAAAUGAAAUGAUGUUUAGAGGGCCUCUCCACUCAUUGAUUAAACCCUAAAAGCUCAUCCCUGUAUAUCAGAGUUACGUAUUUAUGAGGCUUUUUUUUUUACAUGAAAAUAAUCCAUUCAUGCCUUCAGUGGUGUUUCUUUGAGAAUGUGCAGAUUUCUAAAGUUCCCACUCACCUCUGACUGUUCAAAUGCUUUAAAAAUACUUGAUAUGAUACAGAGCACUUUCCAAAAUCCUCCUGACAAAGUGAUUGACAAGACAGAAAAAUGAAUAGGCAUGUUGUAAAUUUGUCAAGUUUUAAAAGACAAAUGAAGUUUUGUGUAUAAUAAAACUUUUUUUGAAAAGGUAAAAAUAUUUCAUUUUUUUAAAAGGCAGUUCAAAGGAAAUCUAAGUAAAAUCAGAGAAGGUUCUCUGAUAAAAGUAUGUUUCAGGAAGAGACUUUAAAGAGGUCACUGACUUAACUGACUUGAUUUCCUCAGGCAAAUCCUUCCAGAGGGGCCCUGACUGCAGUUACUGUCCUCUUUAGCUUUCAGUUGGCCAGUGGAACAGACAAAAGACAGCUGGCCGAGGAUCUCAAAGUGCAUUUAUACUACCGCUCAAAAGUUUGAGUUCACUUAGAAAUGUCCUUAUUUUUGAAAGAAUGGCAGUUUUUUUUUUUUCAGUGAAGAUAACAUAAAAUCAGUCUAGACAUUGUUAAUGUGGUAAAUGACUAUUCUAGCUGGAAACGGCUGAUUUUUAAUGGAAUAUCUACAUAGGGGUACAGAGGAGCAUUUCCAGCAACCAUCACUCCUGUGUUCUAAAUGCUAGUACAUUGUGUUAGCUAAUGGUGUUGAAAGGUUAAUUGAUGAUUAGAAAACCCUUGUGCAAUUAUGUUAGCACAUGAAUAAAAGCGGGAGUUUUCAUGGAAAACAUGAAAUUGUCUAGGUGACCCCAAACUUUUGAACGGUAGUGUAUGGGCAUACAGUACUACGAGGUCAGAGAUAUAGCUUGUAGAUAGACAGUUAAGGGCCUUUAAACGUAAUCAGUAAAAUUCUCAAAUCUGUCCUGAUGCAUACUGGGAGCCAGUGCAAAGAGGCCCAAACAGGAAUGAUGAGACCCCACCUCUUUGUUCUGUAUAAAAGCCUUGCAGUUGAGUUCUGCACAGUCCAUCAGUAGAUUCUUGAUUCAGCGAGGUGAAAAUGAUGUUGGAGUAGUUCAGAUAUGGUGAGCUAAAAACACGCAAAAGGGUCUCUGUGUCUUCAAAAGUUAACAUAGAUGAUUUUUUGAAAAUUAGACGAUAAAACAUAUUUGUGGAAGCUUUGUGAUGUGCUGAUUAGAUUACUGUCAAACCUGACACAAGGUUUAUUUACAACAAAUUUAAUGUGGUCUGAAAUGGAGUCAGCUGAUAUCAGAAUCUGUUUCUCCAUGUGCUGUGGCCCAGUAAUUAGAAUCUCUGUUUUAUCUGAGUCCAGAUACACAAUGGCAAGCUGUAAUAUUAGAGUGAAUCAGAUAUGCAUGUUUAAACUGGAAACUAAGUGUGAGGGGGAAUAAUGGUACGGCAAGUGUCACUCUGUGAGCUGAAAGCUUUGGUUCCUGAUGUUUAUGUUUGAAACCUUGGAAUACUGAAUCCAUGUUUUUGAGACGGUCGUCAGUAUGCUGCAGUUUCAACGUGGAAAUGCUCAUCCACAAUGUUUACUGCCUAUUUUAGUAAGUAUUUGUCUGCUAGCAUUUAAAAAAACACAACUUAUGGACUUGAUAACACGGUUUUAAAAAAGGAAACACUAAGGAUUUUCAGCAGAGGGGUUUUCUUGAUUAUAUCACCACACAGCAAUUCUUACCAUUAAUCAUUUCAGUGGAGGAAUACUGUGCAUAAUGAUCAGAAGGAUUAAAGAAUCCUUGGACUUUUGGAGCCCAACUGCUAUUUUUUGCAUAAGAAACUCCUGGCAGGUAAAUUCAUCUUUGCCAGUCAAUCAAAUAAAAUCAAUUUGAUGUUGCUGAAUUGUGUUUCACUCAUACAAAUGACUUCAUUUACUGAACCAUUUAUUGGCUGUAUAUUUUUGCUUGGCAUACAACAACACUUAACCUCCCCUUGUUUACCAAUCAAGGAGUUGAAAUGGGAAUUAUAUGACCACACUGAUAAAGUAAUAUGUAAUAUAAAUUCCAUUUAAACGGUACAAUGUGUAAUAAUUGCAGUUAUUAUCAAUGGGGUGUGAUGAAGGGCAGAGGCAAAGCUUACUGUCUUGACAAAAUCUUACCGUUACCUUGCCAAUGAUAGAACAUAAUGAGAUGUCAGUGUGCAAAAUGCUAUUUGAGGAAUGAUGUUCAGUCAGCGUCUAUUUUUCUAUUUUCCUGCCUGCUCUCUCUCCUCUGUGGUCUUCUGCCGUGAAACUCACCGUGGAGAUGGAAUGUGACGUGCAAUGAAGAUUUGCUUAAUUUACCCAAAUAAAUGAGAUUUUAUAAGCC